CAGGGCUAAAGCAAUGUCAUUGGGUGAUAACUGGUCCAGCAGAAAGUCCUCUGAGACCAAGUUUCACAAUUUUUGGAACAAUAUUGAACUGGUAAAAUAAGUUUGUAUCAACGUAGUGCUGCAUUUAAUGACAAGUUGUUUCUUCAAAGGCCACCGACUCUGGCACACCAUCGCAAUCUGCAAGCUUAGUUCUAAACAUCGCUGUAGAAGACAUGAAUGACAACCCACCAGUGUUCCCCCAGAUAUCAUACUCCGUGACCGUAAAAGAGAAUGAGCCUCCCCAUGUGAUUUUGAGUGCUGCAGCCACAGAUGAAGACAUAGGGUACAAUGCCAUUAUUCAUUACACCAUAAUUGGAGAGACUUCUUCAUUUCAUGUUGGAGAACUUUCUGGAAAUAUUACAGCUCUUCAACCUCUGGACUAUGAAAGUCGUUCCCAGUAUACAUUUAUUCUGAAAGCUUUCAAUCCUGGACAGCCAGAUCUCCAGGACACAGCAAACAUUACAGUUACCGUGGAAGAUGUUAAUGAAGAAGGACCCAUAUUUGACAAACCCUCAUAUUACCAGAUCCUUCUAGACAAUUCUACAGCUGGCACGCUGGUAGUAGAUAUCAACGCGAGAGAUGAAAGCAAGAGUUAUGAUGAAGAUAUUUUCUACAAUAUUUCAGGUGGAAACUCAGAAGGCCUCUUUGGUCUUUCCAGCACCACAGGAGUACUCAUGUUAACACGAGACUUGUCCAAACAGACUGUUCCCCUGUAUUACUCCUUGAUGGUCACUGCUACAGAUUCGGGUCUGCCCCCUCUUUCAACUUCUGUAAAGGUGUCAGUAACAAUAGCUCCAAUCAACAUUUCAUUCCCGGUGUUCUCUGAAGCAGUCUAUCAGCCAGCCCCUCUGAGCGAGAAGACACUGCCAGAUACAUCUGUUGUACAGAUCAGUGUGUUGUAUAAGCUCCCUGUGAUAUACAGUAUUGUAUCUGGAGAUGGAAAGGGGUAUUUCACUAUCAAUUCAUUCACUGGUAUCGUAAGAACAAGGAAGAAUUUGGAAUGGCAAGAUUUUCCAGUCAUUUUCAAUGUGAGAGCAGCAGAUUCAUCUAAUGCUAGCAUAUUUAAUGAAGUUUCUGUGAUUGUGGAAGUUACUGAUGAAAAUGAUUUCCCUCCGGUUUUCCCAUCCUCUCUACUAGAAGAAAGAUUGGAAGAGAAUUUACCCGCUACUCAGAUCGUCCAGCUGAAAGCUCAGGAUAGUGAUACAGGUAGUAAUGGUCUCCUAACAUAUGGCAUUCUUAGUGGAGACAGACUAAAAUUCAGGAUUGAUGAAGCAACCGGAAUUCUUUAUUCCACUACCUCCUUUGAUUAUGAAGAGGAACCUACGGAGUAUCAGGUUGUGAUAUAUGCUGAAGAUGGUGGAAUCCCUGAGAAGAAAAGAGGUUACUGCACAGUUGUCGUAAAGAUCAUUGAUGUUAAUGACUGGCCACCUGUCUUUGACCCAGUGACUGAAUUCAAUGUAAAUGAAAAUGCGCCUGUGGGAUUCAUAGUUGGAAAAAUCACAGCAACGGACAGAGACACAGGAGAUAAUGCCUUUGUUCUAUAUAGCCUUACAGGUGGUGGAGGGAAUAUAUUUGAAAUUGAUGAAAUACAUGGCAACAUUAAGAUAAAGAACUCUCCAGACUAUGAAACCAUGAAUAAAUACAACCUUACAGUGAAUGCAGUCAACGAUAAAUCUGCCCCCUUCCAUCAGGCAACUACUCAUGUCACUGUUCUAGUGAUUGAUGUGAAUGAUAAUGCUCCAGUAUUUGCUCAGGAUUCCUAUUCUGCUUCUAUAAACAUGAUUAAUCCUGUAGGGGCUCAUGUCAUAACUGUGAGCGCUACUGACAAAGAUCAGGGGCAAAAUGGCCUUAUUGAGUACUACAUCCUCCCUGAUCAAAACUUCAGCCCGUUCUUCCUGAUAGAAGAUACGAGUGAGGGGAAAAUAAUUACAACUGGAAACCUGUCUAGAUCUGGAGAGAUCCAUUUAACAGUGAUGGCUAAGGACAAAGGUUCUCCAUCUUUAAAUGACACUGCUAUGAUUACUCUUAAUGUGUUUGACAACCGUCCAUUUGUUCCUCGGUUUGAUGAGACUGAAAUCAGCAUUUCCGUUUUGGAAAACACAGGAGUGGAUUAUUUCAUUUACGCUUUUACUGUGGUUGAAACUUUAGGAAAACGGAUUGAUUAUACAGUUGUAUCUGGCAAUGAAAAAGGUCAUUUUAGACUGGAUCCAAAAAGUGGUCAGCUGAGAACAGCAAUUAAUUUGAACUAUGAGGAAGUUUCUCAGUAUGUGAUUUUAAUUGAAGCAAACGAAAAUCUCUCACCUGCUGCAGAAGUCCAGCGUUCAGGCCUCUUUGCUCAAAAUGUGGCAAUGCUGAUGAUCUCAGUGCAGGAUGUAAAUGAAGAGCCAGCAUUUUUGAAUAAUGCCUACUCUGCUCGGAUACCGAACUCUGUGCCGUACAAGUACCCGGUUAUUACAGUUCAGGCCACAGAUCCAGAUUCAGGAGACAAUGGACUUCUGCUGUACAGCUUAGUGAAUAAUCAAACAAAUGCAUUUGACAUCAAUGAAAAUACAGGGCAGAUUUUUACCGUUUCUGUAGCAGGAAAGGCUGGAACAUUUUAUCUGGAAGUCCAAGCUGCAGACCAAGGCACAAGAAGACGCACGGCCCGGACAACAGUCAAUGUAACCAUUGAUUCCAGUUCCACUAACAACAUUGUGGUGGUGGUACUUAAUCAGAAGAUCAAUGUUGUUGAAAGAAACAUUGCUGAAGUAAAAAGGGUCCUGGAAGAUAAACUUGCAUGGAACAUAUACAUCAUUAAUAUUUAUUCCAAUGAGUUUGAAAGAAAAGCAAGAAGCAGCACUGAUGUAACCUAUGUAAAAAUGACUGCUUUUGAUGAGGCAAACCAGGAAAUAUCUGCAGAAGAUGUAAAAAGAAAACUUAGGGAGCAAAAGAGUAACAUUGAGAUAGAACUGGAGAAAAUAUUUUCAACGGCUGUUACUGCUGCCAUAGAAGAGGCUCCUGCUAACUCAGCAACUCCUGAACUCAUCACAACGAUUGUCCUCAGUGUUCUGCUAGCCUGCACCCUCACAGCCUUCCUGGUAUACGUACGUUUUACUAUAAAAAGGAAAAGGAAAACUGGAAUAAUGGCGUUUAGCAAUGUGGAAGACACCAAAGGAGGUGCUGCUGACAAAGAUGAAUUUCAGGAUGAUGAAAGCCCUGAGACACUAGAUUGCAACAGUGAACAUGAAGAAAGUGUAGCAUCUGAAGAAGCCGCUGAACCUAGAAAUGAAGAUGCCCAACCCACUGCAGAAUUCACAACAAAACAGGAUUGCUUUCUGACAGAUACAAAGGAUGAGUUGGCUCUUUCCUUAAAACCUGAUCCCACAACGCACACCCCUGAAAAAGAACUGAAAGGAGUAACAUUUUCAGAAGUGGCGAUUAUUUUGGAUGCAGAGUGUGAAGGUGAUGAGCCUGAUGAUAACUAUGUAUUUUUUCAUCAGUAAGAAUGCUUGACGAAGAAGACUUUUAGGAAAACCACAAUGACACUCACUGGAACACUACAGAAUUAAGUGAGCAAUAAGAAUAUGGGAAUGCUAUCCAGAUUUUAAUUCCUGCUACUCCUGUUGUUCGUGCUGUAAGCGAUGGACAGGGAAGAAAAUCAGCAGUAGGCUGGAAGGGCAGCAGCACGGUCAUAACGCAAGGUUACUUCCCCAGAUGCGCCGUUAUCUUACGGUGUGUUCAACUUCCUAUGGCAUGCGUACACUGGCAAGACAAUAAAACCGAUUCCAACUGUGACGCCUUGUCAUUAUUUUAGACGAAGUACUUCUCGGACAUCAACCUUCUCCUCUUUUGCACAGAACCCAC